AUGGUGUACCUGUUCCUCGCCAUAAUCGUCGCCGCCGUUUCCAGCUCCGUCAUUAAGCGGCUUUCCAUACCGCAGGUCGACAACGACGUGGCCUCGGAGGUGAUCCUCGGAGUAAAGCACGACGACGGUUCAGGGCUGCCACCCAUCUUUGUAGACCGGGGCGGCGCCCUCGACGCGCCCGAGUACACCUUGGCGGCAUUCCGCGAGGCGAAGAACAAAGGCGCCUUUGGAGUCGUGUUCGAGUUAUCCUUCACGUGGGACAACUUCGCCGUCAUCUUCCACGGCGACACCCUCGAGCGCACCACCAACGGCAGAGGCCGGAUGGCUGACAUCAGGUUCGACGAUCUCCGCCUACUCGACGCCGCGCACAGACACCCGUUGGCGCAACGCUACCGAGGCGAACGCGUACCAACACUCGAAGAAGGCGUCGAAGAGUGCCUUCAGCUAGGCAUGCGAAUCAUCAUACACGUAAGAAAGUACGAUGCUCGCAUUGUUGGUGUCAUAGACCAGAUGUUCCGCGAGAGACCCGAACUGUAUCUGCGGGCGCUGGUCGCCUCGGUCUACCCUGACAUUGUGUACGAACUGCGCCUUCGAAAUCCACAGAUCGUGACGGCACUGACUUGGAAGCCCGGGCUUCUGGCCUACGAGGACACGAACAACACGCUGCGGCGCUUCGAGUCACAUGCCGCUACUUUGAUGGCCACCGUCGCCGACUGGCUUUUCGAGAAGGUCCUUCACGUCGGCCUGUUGCCUUACGUCACCGGUGUGUCGGCUGUCGUGAUUAGCUCGAACGUACUGAGCACAGAGUACGUACGCACCUGGCGUAGCCAUGGUGUGCACGUGAUUGCCUGUACGUCGAACCGGCCGGGCGAGGAGAACUUCCUCCGUGAUGUACUUCGAGUUCCCAUAAUUACCGAUACCAUGCGUCACGAAUAA